AUGGCGCUGGAACUUCCUCAGAGUACGAUGAGCGAUUUCUGGAUUUGGUUUAUUUACUCCCUUAAGUAUUCUUGUGCUUGGGAUUCGAGAUGCGUCAGUCGAAGAAAAAGCAGCUUGAAGCUCUCAAAGCCCGCGAAAAGAAACAGUCAUUUUCAGUUGAGACUUGUGGCCGUCAAAGACUUUACAGUCAUAUUUUCACAGACCCCUUUCGCGGAUUCUCUCCCACCUCUCGGCGACUGCGCCGAGGUCAUGAAGGUCGAACACAUUGACCCUCGCAAACGACCGUAUGGAACCCGAUCAUACCGAUCUCCGUAUAUGGAGAGGCAUAGUAGAAACAGUGGAAAGAGUGAUGGCAUUUCGGCGCUCAGAAUCUCGCUUCUCGGAAUGAUGGGAAAGCCCGCCUAUUGUCGCAGUCAAAAGGCAGCAGAAAAGGAGAUCGAAGCCCUCCAGGCGGCUUUCGUUGAGAUCUAUGAGAUACACGCCCGCCGAAGUACAUCUGCAUUGGUUUGUUUAGUCCAGUCUCAGAGAGUUCUGGGGACGAGGACGCUCUGGAGUCAUAUGCUGGCGACCCGAAGCUCUACGUACACCCGAAGGUCCUCAACUUCAACGAUGGGAAAGACAAGCCAAACUGGCCAGACCUACCGGAUCGAGAGGACCGCAACGUAG